CUGGUUCGGAAUAUCAACAUUUGUUAUUUUUCAUUUAAAAUACUUCUCGUUUGCUCAUAACGAUUAAUUUCAGUGUUUCAUUACAAAAGAAAAUAAUCAAACAACAUUCGUGCGUUAUCAAGCUAGAUCGUGCGUUCGAGCCAAGUGCCAGUAGAUAGAACCAUGAUACAGUUUGUGGUGCUGACGGCUCUGUGCCUGCUGGUGCUGAGCGUCGACCGAGCGGACGCUUCCGGAAUGGGCUUUGCCGAUACGGUAGCACUAAUUCUUGGCCUCGUCAUAGGUACGAUCGGAAUACUGGCCUGUCUGGGACGCUACGCCCGUCGACUGAGGGCCGGGCAAUACUAGGUCUACUAGGCCUUGUUCAUCGUCGCUUUAGGUUAAGGAUUAUUCUAAAAACACCAGAAUUCUGAACUAAGUCUGAUUAAUAAACAAAGCAAAAAUGAGUUAUCUAAAGAUGAUCGUCAGGCCUCGAUUCCUGGAAUCAGUCCGUUCGAAUGGAAUUUUGUUCGCGCAAUGUCGAAGGAAUUUCUCCUACGAGGCAACCGUCACCGGUAUGUGGACAACACUUUCGCAAAGUACCCCAGUGGCCUACGUUCAGCAGGGUUUGGUGGCCAUACACGAUUAUUCCGGGUUGCCCUGGUGGGCCUCGGUGAUUGUGUCCACAGUUUUGCUCCGAUCAGUGGUGACACUACCACUGACGGUGUAUCAGAACAAAAUCGUGGCCCGACUGGAGAAAAUCACCCUGGAAAUGCCAGAUAUUGUGAAGGAGCUAAAGAAAGAGACUGCAGUGGCAAUGCGAAAGUUCCACUGGACCGAGAAAGAAGCCAGAAUCAUGUACAAUACUUCGCUCAAGAAGCAAUGGGAUAAGUUGGUGGUGCGAGAGAAUUGUCAUCCAGCAAAAACUAUGAUCGUCCUCUGGGGGCAGAUCCCACUGUGGGUUAUUAUGUCAGUAUCGAUUCGUAAUCUGGUGCAUAUGUUGCCGGACCCGAGCUCGAUAGAAGCGCAGGUCGCCUUCACCGAACUCACGUUGGGCGGUUUCGGCUGGAUUCCCAAUCUAACCGAAGUGGACCAAUCAUUGAUCUUGCCCGUUGCAAUGGGACUGAUCAAUUUAGUCAUAAUUGAAAUUCAAAAUGCAGCCAGAGCUAAAGAACCAUCCAAGCUGCAAAAGAUGUUCACCAACGUGUUCAGAGGCGUAAGUGUUUUGAUGGUUCCGGUAGCUGCCACAGUCCCUUCGUGCCUCUGCCUGUACUGGGUCACCUCCAGCGCCUGUGGGCUGGCCCAAAAUCUGCUCACGAUGUCUCCCCGCUUCAAACGACUGGUCGGAGUUCCUCAGGUCCCAUCGGAAAUUGCCCGACCCUACUCCCAUAUCCGAACAAACUUUUCCAACCGAAUAGACGCGAUUCUAGGCAAAGUGGGACUGAGUUCGAAGUAAAUCAAAACUGAAGCUAGUUGUAGAGAGUUAUUAAAAUACUAAUAAUAAAAAAAAUAUUUUAUUCGCCCUAUUACAAAAUGGUAA